GAACAAACAUCUGCCUCCUGCCUCUCUCAGCACAGUUUCUACCGUCAAUCCAACUCGACACAAGCUGGUCUGCUUUGUCAAGGGUAUCAUCUUCAACAGCUUGUGCAAUUGGAGGCUUUGAAGACGACCACGAUCGUAUCAGGUGUAUCCUCGACUGGCCACAUGCCAGCCAUCCUUCGCGUCGCCUCCGGAAACCCUUUCGACUUGACGCAAAGAGUGUCCUGUGAUGUCUAUUCUGCCCUAAGAGGAGCAGUUACUGGCUCGCCAUAAAACCCCACACAACCCUGCAUUACUGCUGUAAGGCAUCACUAUGCAUAUCCUAUCGGCUGUAAGCCCCAACUACACCAUGGCGACAGGCCGGGACAGGUUGGAGAAGAACUUUGACAAGUUGGAGAAGUUCUUCUCGAGGACAAAGAAAGCCGCCGCAUUUCGCGACUCCCUCUUUGGCGGAACCAGAUCUGGCACACCUUCCUCUCCGCCAGCUCAAAUAACCCAAAUGGAGUCGGCCACCAACUCUCAGAUUUUCCCUCACCCUUCCUUCAUAAGACCCACCUCAACGCGGAUGCUGGCAAGAGAUGAAGCCGUUCUAGCAUCCCAACCCACACGCCGAGCGCACAGUCUCCCCGAGGCUUCAACCCCAUCUCGCCAGACUUCCACGAGACCGCCCACAAUUAUUGGGAUUUACCAAUCUCCUCAAGUGCCGAGGCGGACAUCAUCACUCCUUCACAGGCGGAACAACGCCUCAAUCGCCGGCUUGCUUGAGUUCAGUUUCGCCCAGAAUGCAACGCCAAGCCCGGACGGCUCUCUGUCUUCCUCGUCAACGGCAUCACCCCUCUCAAGCCCCGUUCAACAGCGCAGCUUGGACAAUUCCCACGCAUUACUACAUAGAUUUCAUUCGAACCGCCCUGACACCCCUCCACUCUCGGACCACGAAGAGUGCCCCUCGCCGUUGCCCCUAAGAGUCGUGAAGGCGCGUCCUGCGGUGCCACCGAGGGACUGUCUAACCCCCGAGCCGUCACCCAGCCUGUCGCCGGUGCUCGAAGACGACGACGGUGAUCAAAAAAGUGACGGCAUGCCCAGCCAAGAAAUGCAGUCCCUGAGACCCGUCAGUCUCGGAAAUCCGGAGACGAGUCGUUUCGACGUGACGCCACUCCGGAAGGCCCUGAGUGACUCGACAUUGUCAGCGUCUGCGCCGCUACGAAGUCGAGAUCCUGUUCUCAAGGAGCCUAGCCUCGACGAGUUUCUCUCUCUCAGCGAUGACGAUAUUGCCGAUGGCCGCCCCCAAGCCCCUUCUCCAUCACAACCUCCCACUUGCGGCCUGCCUCCAGAUCCCCCAUCGCCUUCAUCUCCUGCGGAAAAGACGAGAUGCUACCCACUUCUCACCCUCUCUUCACCACUUACCAGCCGGCCCGCGACCGCCGCUGCAUUCGAAGCCGCAAGGAUAGCGGCUAGAUACAAAUUUGACCUCGUCUACGUGGUGAAUUUGUGGCCCAAGAAUCUUGGCAUCACGCAACAUAAGGCUUACGAGCCGGCACGUACAGCCAGGCUUACGGCAUUAGGCGACCCGCUAGACGGACAAGCCUCCCUGGCUUGUAUUAAUCCAAGAACAGGCAUGACAGGUCGGUUGUUGGCUGGCUAUGGCCUCCCAUCGGUCAUGUCGCCUUUCCGCAUCUCUGCCCCAGUCCACCAGAAAGUACUAAGGACAGAUGGCUGGCUCGAAUAUCGAAGCGAACACGCCGCGGCGGAUGAGUUUUCAAGAGGCUACAGCUGUUCUUUCUACACUGGAGUCGGCCUACAGGGAAGCACGGGUUCGGGGCGCGACUCCUCUGCCUCGCCGAAACUCAACUCCAAGAAGAAGAGGCCGCAGCCGAACAAUCGCGGCAUAGUCUUCGCGGCGUAUAGGCUACCUCGCCUCGAUGGGACAACACUUGCGAGCGAUCUUACAGAGCUGGACGCAUUGUACGCAGACGCGGAAACCCUCAUCGAAAUGCUCAUUGAUAUCCAUUCGAGGCAGAGAGCACGACACCCAGUUGCGAGAUACGAUGCCGAUGAAACUGGCCCAAUGCCAACACGACCGGAGCUGCCCUCAUUGGCAACCUGAACAUCCCUUCGGUGAACAGGUGGCCCUUGGGUGUUUCAACCCAGUUGACCCGGCACCACAUCUCUUUUCGAGUUAUGGCACUGGCUGUACUCUUUUAUCACCCCAUCUUUCCGUCCGGCUUCCGUUCCGUUACAUGUGCCGAAGACACA